AUGUCUGAAGAAGUGACCUACACAACACUCACCUUUCAGGAUUCUGUUGGAGCAGGAAAUAACCAGGAUAGACAUAACCUAAGGAAAAGAGAGUAUUCAGCUCUAGCCCCUAUAUGGCGUUGGGCUGCCCUGAGUCUGCUAACUCUUUGUCUGAUGCUGCUGAUUGGGCUGGUGACCUUGGGGGUUAUGUUUUUACAGACAUCUAAUGAAAUUAACUCAGAUUCAGAGAAACUAAGUCGACUUCAGAAAACCAUCCACCAACGGCAGGAUAACUUAUCCCAGCAACUCAGCAACUACGGGAACUUGUCCACAGAAGAGGAAUUUCUCAAAUCCCAGAUCUCCGAUCUAUUGAAGAGGCAGGGACAAAUGGCCAUCAGACUCUGCCAAGAGCUAGUCAUUCACACUUCAGACCACAAGUGUAAUCCUUGUCCUAAGAUGUGGCAAUGGUACCAAAACAGCUGCUAUUCUUUUGCAACAAAUGAGGAAGAAACCUGGACUAAUAGCAGAAAAAUCUGCAUGAACAAGAAUUCUACCUUGGUGAAGAUAGAUAGCUUGGAAGAAAAGGAUUUUCUGAAGUCACAACUAUUACCCCAAUUUUUUUUCUUCUGGUUGGGAUUAUCAUGGGAUCCAUCUAGCAGAAGCUGGCUAUGGGAGGAUGGCUCUAUUCCCUCUCCAUCCUUAUUUAGUACUAAAGAAUAUGCCCAGAUCAAUGGAUCCAAAGGAUGUGCCUAUUUUCAAAAAGGACAUAUUUAUAUUUCCCGCUGUAGUGCUGAAAUUUCUUGGAUUUGUGAGAAGACCGCCGCAUUAGUGAAGAUCGAAGAUUUGGUUUAA